AUGCAUCAAAAUGAUGACGAAACCGAUCGAGCGGAUAAUCCUCGCGUCUCAUCCGGAACGACGAGUAGCAGCCGAUGUUCCUCCACUAUCAGCUCUUUGAGCGAGUAUAGCAACACAACCGGGGAGAGUUUACAAGAGGCGAAGAAGCGCGCUUUGAAGGAGUUGGAGACCAGAUUUUUACGAUGCAAGCAACGCGCGAAAGUGACGCACGAACGUAAGAAAGCGCUCGCAGAAAAUGCAAAGCGCAUGCGAGAGACUGUUUUACGGCACGACGUGCUCGUUCGCGAACGCCAAAAUCAGUACGGGCGCGCAGAGAAAGCCGAGCAGAUUGAAAAAGAGAGCGCGGUUUCGCUGAGUAAGACUGCGGAGAUGUGUUUACAGAUAUUGCGAAAGACGAAAGAUCAAAUGCGAUUUUGCGAGCACAGAGCGAAUAGAUACGCGAUCGCUAAGGACUAUCUAGAGACGUUUUUGGCUGAACACGGAGAGAACAAGCACCAUGAAGAAAAAGAAGAUGAAGAAGAUGGAGGACGAGAGACGAAUGCCACCCCUUGCGACGAAUCGCCUUCACCUUCCUCUUCUUCUCUUGUUUCGAUCAAUCAUCAUCAUCAUUAUCGUCAUAACAGAAUGAAUUUCGAAGAUAUAUACGAUAUCAUCGUGAGAUGCAAUUCACUGAAAGCAAUCAACGACACCUUAACGGCGAGACGAUCUCAAGCUCGAGAAAAUGUGCGAUUAGAGGCUUCCGAACACGAAUCCGCGCUUGCGAUGUUUCGCGCGCGGCGUCUCGAACCAGAACAAAAUAGCUUGCUUCAAUUGCACUCUGAGCUUGAAAACGCGCGCAUUCUGUCUUCUCUCGAGAGAGAAAAAUCAAAGAAGAAACGCGACGAACAAAUGCACGUAUCGAAAAUUAAAUCCACCAUCGCCAACCUCUACGAAAACGUCUGCGAGAAGAGCUCGGUCAAUCGCUCAAUCGAAACUACCGCGAACGAGAGACUAGACAACGACAAAACCGACUCAAAAAAACACCUCGAGGACGUCGCGUCACAACUGCGCCACAUAGCACACUUUGCUCGCGAUUUCAAACGCAUACUCACAAAUUCUUGA